CGCUAAAACAUCUUCACUCGAACCACCACCACACAGCCCCAGAGAAGAAAUCGCUUUUUUGCAUUUUGGUUUUCCUUCUUGCACGAAAGUGCCUUUUUCAUUGUCGCCGUUUUGAGAUACCCAAUAUUCCCAUCUUUCAUUUCUUCUUGAGGCAUCAGCAACCAUGGUCUUCUAUUUCACUUCGACCGUCGUCAGUCCCCCGGCGUUCAUUUAUGUGGGGAAAGACAAGUUUGAGAACGAGGAGUUGAUCAAACACGGCUGGGAGGAGGAUGUAUGGUUCCAUGUCGACAAACUUUCCAGUGCUCAUAUCUACCUCCGUCUCCCAGAGGGUUGGACAUGGGAGAACAUUCCCGAGGAGCUCCUGACCGACCUUGGUCAGUUGACCAAGGCCAACUCCAUCGAGGGUAACAAGAAGGACAACAUCACAAUCAUCUAUACCCCAUGGGCCAAUCUUAAGAAGGACGGCAGCAUGGCGGUCGGCCAGGUCAGCUUCAAGGAUCAGAAGAAAGUGAAGCGCAUUUUGAUCGCGCAGCGCGAAAAUGCUAUCGUCAACCGUUUGAACAAGACCAAGGUUGAGAAGCACCCGGACCUGCGAGAGGAGAAGGAGCAGCAUCUCAAAGAGCUGCGCAAGAAGGAUCAGGCGGCGGUGCUGGCGCGGAAGAAGGAGGAGGAUCGCCUGAAGAAGGAGCGGGCCGAGAAGAAGUGGCAGAAGGAUCAUGCCUACGAUGAGCUCUUUGCUGAGGAGAACAUGAUGAACUCGAGCAAUCAGGAUCGGGAUGAGACCUGGGAGGAUGAUUUCAUGUAAAUUCGCUUGAGAACAAAAGAAGCAAACCUACUUAAGUUUUCC